UGUUCGGUAGAAAAAUGCACCGAAGUCCCAAAGCGCCGGCGACAGGUGAAGAUAAGAAUAAGCGUAAGGGAAGCAGCAAGGUCGGAGGUAGACGUCAACGAGAUAGCAAGGGCAGAGGAUCAAAGGAUUCACAUGGUAGUGGAGUCUCGAAGACAAACACUUCUGCUCAAGGGUUGUCGAAAAAAGGCACCGAGUCUGAAGAAUUGGAGAUUGCCCCUUCCUCUCCCCAUGAUGAUGGUGCUGCAAGUACUCCUGUUUACUUCUUAAAAAUUAUUUGGGGUCCUAAAGAACCUGAGUUCGAACCAAGUAACGUGGCUAACGUGGAAAUAGAUUCAACGGACAACACAGUUGAUGAGCCUUCUUUAUGUUCCCGUGAUCUCAAGGAGGAUGAUUGUGGAUCAGCUUAUCAGGACCUGUGUGAUGUCUUGUGCGAAGUUUAUCCCUUUGACCGUAGACCACCAGAAGAAAAGGCGUACCGUUCAAGCCCUAAGUGGAUCCCGUUUGAUAAUAGAUUUGAAUUAACAUCGAGCUAUCCUCGUCGUAUCCCCAACAGCAUCUGCUAGACCGAUUUGCUAGGAUUUCGGGUGGUGGUGGUGUCCUUGGGUUUGCUUUGGCCUGAUGGGAAUUGGUGUUGGAUUUUGAUGUUUAUAACCCGAGGUUGUUGUACACUACUACGAACUUCACUGGGGAGGAUAGAAUUAACAUCCGGGAUCCUACAAGGUGUGGAUUUGUGUAUGUUUGCUAUGAUCCGGAUCCUACAACUUGCUAGAACCAUCUUUAAGCUUCUGUGUGAUUCCAGUUGGGAUGUUUUUGUUAAUUACAGCUAGUAUGCACUUGGAGCUCUGCCUUAAUGUACCUAUCUUUGUUAUAAUGAUAUCACCAUGAUCAUUUUGGUGGGGGACUCCCUUGAUUAGUGUAUUUGUGUUUUGCUUAUAAUUAGAAGAGUGACAACUCAUUUGAC